GCUGUAAAAGCAAGCCCCAGCAUCGUCACACAUUUCUACUUUCGCGCACCCAGCCUCACCACCAGACGAAUUAUACUACUGCCAUCAUUACGAUUUCGAAGUCUCAUGUGUAAUGCCUCCUUCGCAGAGUAUGACUUGUAAACGUGCCUCUACCUAAGCCGACCCGAUUUCGUGGCCCGCGACUUGAACGGCCCUGGCAGUCGUACAGUACAGGUUACCAGUAGUGCAGUGCUACUGUGGUAGACUGACCGGCCCAUCUCCUCUCCUCUCUUGUGGCCUCUUACAUACUCGGCUCUGUUUGCAACGUUGUGUACUAGUUCACUGAACCCCCAUUUCGGCCCAUCUCGUCAAGAGCGUUCCUCAGUCCAUUCCAGCGGUCCAGCACUCCGGCCGACCACCGACGAGGGCGAAGAGCAGCCAGCCAGUCUAUCAAGCACUGCAGUCGAGCAAGAGACAGCCAGUCCAGCCCAGCCCUUUUCAAUCGACCGAGCUACCAACCGACCACUGCAGCAUCACCCCCAGAAUCCAAGUCCAAAUCCAAGCUCUACAGUCAUGGCCACCCCUUCAUCACCUUUUCCUCGCGGCGGCGGCGGCGCUGGUCCUACCAACACUACUACUACCACUACUACAGGCACUCCUCCUUCCCACCCAGCCCACACCCUCCUCAACCGCGCCCACUCGCCCGACACCGCAGCGCGAAUCUUCACAGACAAAAUCAAGAACAAACCAUUUUUCCUAGCGACGACGUCAACAUCAGCGUCCGCCGCGCCAGAAGACAAACGCGCGCUCAGGAGACAUAUCCGUCUACGAAAGAAGGAAUACUACUUGCGCAAGAGACGGCCUCGACCGCUCAGUGCGAAGGAAAAGCGAGAGCUGGGCGUCUACAAAUUGGAUCGAGAGGCUGUGACAUAUGAGACGUAUGAGGGUUUGAAUCGGUUGUGGAAUGCGUAUAUGCUUGAGGUGUUGGGGUUGAUGCCGAAGCCACAGAUGCCACAGCAACAGCAACAACAACCACAGCAGCAGCAGAAGAGGCAACAACAGUCCUCUGUCAAACAAAUCAAUCCAAAUAGCCACGGUAGUCUGCUCGCAAGUGCGGAUUUUCACGGCGCCGAAGUCGAAGUCGUCAGAUGUGCGGAUCCAGGGAGGGUCGGGACCCGUGGGAUCGUGGUCAGAGAUACAAAGUAUACCUUUGUCGUUGUUACGCGGGUGAAUCAGGUCCGGACGCUGCCGAAGAGGAAUACGGUGUUUCGAUAUGAAGUUCGACUUGGGGAUGAACAGAGAGGAGAGGAUCUGGAGCAAGGUGAAGAAGAAAAGGAACAGCAGCAGCAGCAACCACCGCAGCAACAGAAUCAACAGCAGCAACAGCAAAAGUUGGUCUUUGAGGUCCAUGGGAAUCAGUUCGAGUUCCGACCCGCUGAGAGAGCGAAUAGGAAAUUCAAGUGGAAGGCUAUGGAUUACUUGUGAUUUUGUGCUCUGUCUUUUCGAGCAGUCACACUGAUGACUGAUCGGCUGCGAUGACAACUGCUGAUCAGUUGCUGGUACUAUCGGGUGCUUUGGCUUGAUCAUGACUACUUAUCUACCUAAUGAUUACGGCAGUUUGAUGACACAACCUCACGAGAAUAAUAAACUACACCACCAGUACCUCUAUGUACGCAAUGCGCUUGCUGCCAAGGACGUGUGGUGUUGACGGCACUCGCCACUCCUGGUCGCUCUCAACGUAGCCGCGAGAGGCUAUACUGGGACAUUCACGAACCUAAGCAGAGACUCAAAUGAUUGAACUGGUGAUGCAACACUUUUAAAAACCGUCUAAAGGCGCAACUCAAAGAAGAAUAAAGUCGUGGUCUUGAAAACAAGUCCACUGUCAUCAGUCACAUUGCUGCCCAUUCCACGCUAAAUGUCCUAACACCACCGUUAGGGUCUGCUCCGCCCAACAGGAAUCCUUUCUUCACGCCGGUGCCUAGUCUCCCGCCACCAACGAUAUCCAUAAGAUCGAUCUCUUCGUCCCAUUCGGUCCCGACGGCAAGGAAGUGGGAAUGGAACCGCAGAGGAUCGCCGGGAUACACGGUAUACUGACACCCAAACCGUAGGCCAGGGGUCAUGAAGUACCCUCGUUCAUGGAGAUGUCUGUAAAGAGGAUAGGAUGAUGGUAAGUCCUGGACACCUAGCUUUGAGGUCGACGGCGGUGUCGGAAGCAGGAGCCGAGACGUUGCAGGGGUGACGUGGUAAAUGCCGGCCACGGCGGAUUCGGGCGUCACCUUUGCCCUUACAUCUGAGGCAGAUUGAGUCGUCUCAAGAGCGCUGUCGCCUCCUUCAACUCGAGUGGAUGUGACGGCUUCGCGACGCUCGUCAGAGUCAAACAGCGAGGAAGACCCUUCAUCAGCUACUUGGUCUGUCUCUGUUGCGGACGCCUGAACAGGGAUUUUCUUGGGCGGUGGGCGUUUCUCCAAGGCACGUUUCCGCGAGGCUUCUCUCUCCUCUGCCCGGAUUUGCUCGAACUGCUUCGACUGCUUCUGUAGUCUCGCCAAAUAAUCUGCUGCGCGUCGAGCACGAUCGUUGGACCGGAGUGCCUCGUCAUGGGCGCGGGGGUCAUCGACAAUAAAGGCCACCCCCUUCUCCACUAGCAGCUGAGCCUCUUCUGGCAUCACCUCCACGGGCACGCCGAGGAAGAGAUUCUGCGACGGACUCAAGGGAAGAGUACCGAUGGUUGUGCCGCAAACACGGUGCUGCCGUCGAAGAAAAGUGGCGAUCUUGACGUCGAAAAGCAGAUAUCUUCCGCCCACCAGGGAGAUGGGCACAGGAAGAUCCGGAUCAUAGUCGAACCCAAGGUCUCCGGAAGCGUCCAUUGUGGAAGCUCGUGUGGCCUAUGCAAGCGCAGGGCUUUCGCAUUAGUUCAUGAGCUGGACAAAGCAGGCCAGAACGUAAACAUAUAGAAAAACAAGAUUUCGAUCAUAUUUCAACAACG